UAACCUUUCAAAUCCUUGAGGCGAACUGUCACACGACAGCGACAGAUUAUUUGCCAAUCCGUUAGAGAAAAUAAUUCCUGUGAUAUUUUUAAUCAAGAGUGCUGCGUAGAUUUCACAAAGUAUGCAACAGCUCACAAUAUUCAUGGAUAUCGAGAGUUCACGUUCAUAUAUAGACGAGAUUUAUUCGUCGAAUCCAGAGAAACUGUUGGAGGCUCUGGUCACUUUGAAGAAUUCAGUGAUUGGCAGUAACAGACAAAAGAGUUCGGUGAUACAACAAGGAAUAGUUCCUAGACUGUUGCAGCUUAUGACGGACGAUGGCCUCGAUCCGAAUAUAAGGCUUGAAGCAACGAUCACAAUUGGAUCCCUGGCCAAAGGAACACCAGAAAAUGUGGCGUCACUAGUUGAGCAAGGGACAACUAUAGUUCUUGUGGAGUUGUUGAAAGUAGUGCCGACUGGUACUAAGCUAGCAGAAGCAUGUCUGUGUGCACUCAGGAGUAUAUUUCAACAUCCACCAGCACCAAUUGGUGCCCUCCCUGCUGAUAUGAGACUGCUGGGAAGAUUAACAGCGUCAGUAAUAGCCAGGGAGGGAUCUCUGACGGCGCGUGCGUGCGUGGUUCGCAUCCUGUCAAUAUGGUGCGGAGGUCCCCUGGAACAGGAGGCUUUAUGUGCGGCGGGGGCAUGUGCGGCGGUGGCAGCCCUGCUGGCGGCCAGGCCAGAUGCCGCACCACCCAUGGCUAGAGCGCUGCCGGCCUUGGAUCUUUUAGCUGCCAUGUGCUUUGAAAAUGCCAGUGUUUCGCAGGUCGCACUCACAACCAGACACGGCGACAAAACAAUUCCUGAGUUAUUAAUGGCAUUGGUAUCAAGAGAUAAACCAUUGCCGGUGGCUAUGGGUGCAGCUAGAUGUCUCACAUUCAUACAUCGAGCGGGUGCAUUAGGAGCUGAUGAUAAUAGGGUGGUAUUUGGAGCGUUGCCUUGUUUGGCGAGAUUGUGUACAAAGGAUAUGCCCGAAGACAUCAGAGCGACCGCUGCUGAGACUUUGGCUUAUUUGGCAGAAGUGGACACAUCCCUUCAAAGGCUGGCGGCUAUAUCGAAUCACCUGAUGAGUUCGUUAGCUGAUAUAGUCACGUGUUCGUCGUCAGCGGCCAAGCAGGGAGCCUUCAAGUGUUUCGCAUCACUGGGAGCCAACGAUGAAGACAUACGGAAGAAGAUCAUAGAAACCCACAGCAUCAUGGUCCAUGUGGUGAAUGGGAUGAACAAUCAAGAGGCGUCGGUGAGGCUGGCGGCCGUGAGAUGUCUCCAUUCACUGUCAAGGUCAGUUCAGCAGUUACGGACGACAUUUCAGGAUCACGAAGUUUGGCGGCCAUUAAUGUUCCUCUUGAACGACUCGCCGGGAACCGAACUCCUGACCGUUGGAUCUUCGACGCUAUGCAAUCUGCUCCUUGAGUUCUCUCCCGCCAAAGAACCCAUGUUAGACCAAGAAUGUGUAUUUGUGCGUUCAGGUGCCGUUGAGAUGUUGUGUGGUCUCACCAGGCGACCGGAGGCAGCGCUGAGGCUUAACGGGAUAUGGGCGCUCAUGAAUAUGGCCUUCCAGGCUGAACAGAAGGUUAAGCAGCGGAUUCUGUGUUGUUUGGGCACGGAACAGAUGUUCAGAUUACUAGGCGACGGAGACACGCGGGUUAUCAUGAAAACUCUGGGUUUAUUAAGAAAUCUGCUGUCUACCAGGCACCACAUUGACGCUAUCAUGGCGGAAUAUUCUUCGCAAGUUAUGCAGGCUGUGAUAGUAGUCCUCGAGGGUUCGUACCCGGCGGAGGUGAAGGAGCAGGCGCUGUGCAUCCUCGGGAACAUUGGAGACGGAGAGAAGGCCAAGGACCUCAUUAUGGAUAACGAGGACGUGCUCAGGAAACUAGUCGAUUAUCUGGCGCACCCGGAGUCGAAACUGCAAGAAGCAGCUUUGUUCGUGGCGGGUAACUUGGUGUGGCGCGGCGAGGCGGGCGCGGCGGCGCGGCAGGCGCGGCUCGCGGACCUCGGCGUGCUGCGCGCCCUCAAGCUCCUGCGGGCCAGGCACGACGCCCACCACCUGCACGACAAAGUGAAAACGGCCCUAGCACAGUUCAACGAUUUCACAUAGGCUCUCAACUUUAGAAAACUUCCAUACAAACUCGUGGUUCAGUCGCAGCGGGUUCAAGUCAAAAGUUCAAGUUAUCUAAUUCUAUUUCGAUGCUAAGUAUUUAAAUGUAUAUAGCUAAGACGGCUGUUACCUCACACGAGGGAUGUUAUCCAAGUUAUUUAUUUUAGUUAGCGUUGAAUGUCAUUCAUUCGUUCGUACAUACGUUCUUUCAUUCAUUCAUUCCCGUUGUUUUUGCUUCUCGUCGAAUGUUAUGUAUGUGUAAUGAUAACGGAGCGGUGCUUGAACUGAAAUUUAAACUAGCUAAAUAGUAGUUAAACUACUCUAGUGAAUUAUUGAAUAUUUUGGCUUAAAUAAUAUUCGGAAAGACAUGAAGUACAGGAAUGUUAAGUGAUAGCGAGUGAUCGUAGCUUUUAUAAUGGAAUGGAGAUAAUAUAACGUACUUUAUUAUAUGGGAGAGCAAUUUUUGUAGCGUUGUCUUGCCAGUAUGUAUGCAGUAUACAUUUUUUUUUAAAGAUUUUCCUUUGCAAGUUUUUAAGUCACUUUUUGUUAUCUUGUAAUUAAAUUUGAUGAAGUGGGAACAUGUCUGAACAAUAUCGCCGGUUUUUAUUUUUUAUUUUUUAUUUUGCUAAUGUAUCUGUUUUUUAAUCGUUAAUAAUGAUGACCAUAUCGUUUCAUUUCUACGUUGUAAUUUAAGAAUCUCAAUAAUGAAACAUUCAGUAACCGUUUGUACAUAUGUGACUAAAUCCUAUCCUGUGUAGCGUUAAGGAAUAAAUAUUUUCAUAAAAUUUAAAACGAUCCAUAAUAUAUACAUUUUGCUUAUUGAUGUGUAAAUUCAUUGACUCUAAGUUAUGAUGUACAUUACGUUGAAAUCUAAAUACUCAAUUUUUGUGUUCGAUAAAUAUUUUUAUAUAGGUGAAGCGACUUAUGAUUGAGGGCCUAUUUAAAAGCCUUACGUAACAUGUUGUAUUUGGAUCUCAAAUGGUACGAUUUAACUAUAAAAAUCCAAUUUUAAAUGUUAUUUGUUUUCGUCAUUAUGUGUACAAUAUAUGUCUUACAGUAAUCAUACAAUUAUUGACUCCAUGUAUAAUUGACUCGGGUUUUUUAAUAAAAUAUAAAUGUUGUAAUACUAGUGAUGUAACAUUGAAAAAUAUAUAUCUAAAUCUGUGUUUCUUCCGAUAAAUAUUAUGAUUAGUGGAAACAGUAUAACAAUGGACAUUCCUAACAUAUGUCAUUUUUGAAGUUGUCAAAUAAUGUUGACAAUUAAUGUCAAGCGAAUGACAUCGACAGACGUCCAUUAUUGUAUUGUAAUGAGUACCGUUGUUUAUAUAUAUAUAUACAUAUAUAUAUAUUUUUAAUAUUUCGGAAAGCCAUCGGUUCAAUGAAAUAUGCAAUGCAAUAUUGACAAUCUAAUACAAUAUCGUAUACUUUAUAUAUUGAAUACUUUAAGUUGAAUCAUUUUCGCGCCUAAUUAUUGUUCUUUGCUCUAACUGUGUAAAUUUUUAUUAUUUAUAAAAGUUAAGUUUUCUGUUAAAUAUGAACAGAUAAAGAAAUUGCUGUUGUG